AUGGAUGAAAGACAUGAAAACGAACGGUCGGGUGAUGGCACUAGGAAUUUGAGCACUGGGUCAACUGACGAGAUCAUGAGCUCAUCCAUGUCACACAGGGGCGAUAUUCCUCAAGCAUCAUCAAUAGAAAGUCCUACCAGUGCGUUCUCACCAGGGUUAUUGGGAAUGACAUCAAAGAUUUCGUCUAUGUUUACUCUACAGCCUCCAAACGAAAACGGAGGGUUAUAUUUUGAUGAACAAGUGGAUAAUGGCGGUGUUGCCAGAUCUGAACUCAGUGUAAAUAGUAGAACCGGUAAUGGACUAACAGGCAAUACGCAACCGACUCCUGCACAGUCUAACUCGCCAUCUUCUUUCUUUCAAACUCCCGUUUCUGUCGGUUCUUCUUCAAGUGCACUAGUGACUGGCGCUGGAUCUGGUAAUCCCGGUAGCACGUCAAACACUGUAUCAGUGAAUGGAGGGACUAGUAAAAUUAGCACUGGUAGUACACCAGCUCCAAGCUCAUUUUAUGGGCCAUCUUUAUCUCCACUAAUGGGUCUGAAUGGACCCCUGCUGGAUACUGCCACAUCUCCUGGUAGCGCAUAUAUCGACCGAAGAAUAUCCGAUCUUCGAACCACUGUAUUACUAUCAUCCAAUGCAUCUAACAGUCCUCCUCAACUUCCUUCAUCGACAAUGCUAUCGUCUGACUACUCUCGCGAUCAUACUAAUGAUUCUGGCCCAAACAACAUAGUCAACGGCGGUGCUAACACCAACAAUACAGUAAAUAGUGUGGGGAUUAACAACGGAGGAGGUAACGAUUCAAACGGUCUUACUAAUGGUGGAACUACAUUGAUUGUUGCACCGUCUGGAAUUCAUAACAAUUCCGCUACCACUACCACCUCGAAUACAAGACCUGAAACGACGGCAACAUCAGUUCCAGGUGGGGAAAACGAUGCGACACCAGAUCUCAUUUCAUGGCUCUUUUCAGAUGCCAUGCUUUCGAACACUAAAGAGCCACUUCUGUCACCUUCUUUCUACACAUUCGACUCGCCACUUUCUCUGCACAGUCUACUGUCUCCUCCAGUAGCUCAAGAUGAGGUGGUCAUGAGCGAAAGCAAACGACAAGAAUUACUAUCAUUAAUUCCCUCUUUAGAAGUAUACGAUGACUCGAGUCUGUUGUCAUUGCAAACGUUCAUUGCAAAGUACUGGCUGUAUUUCCAUCCUCAGUAUCCAUUACUACAUAAACCCAGUUUUCUAGCUGACACCUGUCCAUCAGGAUUGCUUUGGGCUAUGAUCAUGAUUGGAGCAAAGUUUGAUGGUGCAAAAGAGUUUGCUAAUAGAGUAUCUGAGCAGCUGAGAUGGGUUAUCUUUGGCUCACCAGAUCUGUCUCCACCCGCAAAGCUAUGGGUUAUUCAAGCUCUGGUUUUGAUCGAGAUUUAUGAAAAGUCUCUUACAAAUAGAAAACUCCACGAGCGAGCUCAUAUUCAUCAUGGCACUUUACUACAGCUGAUCCGUCGUGGAUCGGCCCUGACUGGAGAUGAUACUCCGCGAGAGCUAGAUCCUUGGCAAAGAUGGAUUGAAACAGAAGCCACCAAACGAGCUGCUCUUAUGGCUUUCUGUCUUGAUGUUUUUGAUGCCGCCUUAUUCGGACAUUCACUGGUCAUGUCGGUACAUGAGAUUAGACUCUCGCUGCCUUGCUCCGAAGAGCUGUGGGACAAAUAUCCUAGCGAAAAAUGCAUCCCACGAACCACCGCUCAACCAUUUUUGGUUGAAUUGAAGAAAAUGCUAAACAAAACACACGUCGAAACAGGACCUUUUGGCCGCCGUGUGCUGUUGAGUGGGCUCUUGUGUAUUUCAAUUCAAAUGCAGCAACGUGAUCUACAAGCAUCCAGUGUAGGUUGGGGAGCAUUUAGAAACACCUGGAGGGAUAUAUUGACGCCAGCUUUUGAUUUUUGGAAGCGUGAUUUGGAUGAAAGUUGGUUGAAGGAGAUUGAUCGAGAAUCAGAGGCCGCUACUUCAAUAGCUAAAAAGGAAGACGGAUCUAACGAGCUGGCCCACAGACCAUCAUUGACUCCCGGUUCGUCAACAUCUCCUGGACAAAAUGGUGGCCCAGCGUCUCCUCUCGAUAUUCAUGGUUGUACAUGGCCCUUCUAUCACUUGGCUCAUAUCGUAAUGCUGUGUUCACCAUUAGAUUUUCAGACUUUUGCAGGCUGUCCUGCCACAUUUAAUCACCGUACUAGAAAAAUUGACCAGGAUAACUGUGCACGAAGGAUCAAAGAACUGAUUCGUAAUGUAUGUGGCCAACAGGCAUUAUGGCAUGCUAUCCAUUUUCUGAAGGAGACAUUUUUGUCCACACCAGCCGAGCAGGCUAAAAGCGAAGAAAUCGUCAGCCGUAGUCCAGGGUCAUCCUACAGCUAUUUGAAAUGCUCAUGUUCGCACUUGGUAUCUCGCAGUUUAGCACCAAGUGGUGCUGCAACACCAAGCGAAGAGCACUCUGGGGCAACAGUUCCACCUUCUUUCAAUGACGUUAUUAAAGUGGAUUAUCGUGGCCGUGAUGAUCCCAUUGGGAAACGAUCUCAUAUGGUAUACAUCUGUACGAUGCUUGUGUGGGUUUACGGGUUUUGUGCUGAAGGACCAGAAUCCGAUGCCUUGAGUAACUACGAAACAGACUACCCACAGCUUAAAGCAGUGAACAAAAAAGUAGACGACCCGGAGCAAACCGUUGAUCUCAUUGAUCAAACAACGGGGCAUAUACCUGAGCUUGAAGAUGGUUAUGAGUUCCUUUACCGCAUGUCGUGCUACCGAAGCUCUGAGCUCGAUGAUGCAAUGGGCAAAAACCAGACAGUGGGUCUUUUGCGACUAGUUCGUAAGUCUUUAGAAAACAUGGACUGGGAAAUUGUUGCUGAGGGUCGCCGAAUGCUUACCCACUGUAUGCUGCGGUCCCUGGGUUUCAAAGAAGUCACCUGUGAAUACAUGUUCAGUCCUAAAACUCGUUAG